GCAAAACACAAACAGUAAUGGCGGCUGCGAGCGCUGUACGGGGGACGUGAGAGACCGGAGCCGUGACUGAGGGGACGUACGGAGACUGGGCCUGCCGGGCAGGGCGCGGGGUCUGCCGCCUCGUCAUACAGGCGUCUGCCUGAGGAGACCUAGGCCUGGAAUGAGAAGAGGUUUACAGCCACAAUGGACGCCGACCUCAGCCCACAGGACCGAAAGGACUUGGACAAAUUUGUCAAAUUCUUUGCAUUAAAGGCAGUCCAGGUCAUCGUACAAGCUCGGCUUGGAGAUAAGAUAUGCACUCGCUCCUCUUCCUCUCCGACAGGGUCAGACUGGUUUAAUUUAGCGAUAAAAGACAUCCCCGAGGUGACUCAAGAAGCUAAGAAAGCCCUUUCAGGCCAGCUGCCAGCCGUGGGGCGCUCCAUGUGCGUGGAGAUCUCCCUGAAGACCUCAGAGGGAGACUCCAUGGAGCUUGAAGUCUGGUGUUUGGAAAUGAAUGAAAAAUGUGACCGGGACAUUAAAGUCUCCUAUACUGUAUAUAAUCGUCUGUCGUUACUACUGAAAUCAUUACUUGCUGUCACCCGGGUGACCCCAGCCUACAGGCUGUCCAGGAAGCAAGGGCAUGAAUACGUCAUUCUCUACAGGAUUUAUUUUGGAGAUGUCCAGCUCUUGGGACUUAAAGAAGGGUUUCAAGCAGUACGUGUCGGGACAGUAGGGACGCCCAUUGGAACUCUCACCUUGACCUGCGCCUAUAGAACCAAUCUGGCCUUCAUGUCUACCCAGCAGUAUGAAAGGACCCAGCCCAUCAUGGGGAUUAUUAUUGAUCAUUUUGUUGACCGACCUUUCCCCAGCACCUCACACAUGCAUCCCUGCAACUACAGGGCACCCGAGGAGCCAGGAGCUGUAUACCCGUCUGUGGAGGAUUCUCAGGAUGUCUGUGCCACAUCCUUUUCUACAUCUCCUCCGUCACAGUGUGUGUUCACUCUCAGUAAGGCCCAGUGUCAGACAGCCACUCCUGUGGUUACGGACUCCCACAGGGUCCUGACGAUGGGACUGACCUUCCCUCACCAACUGUACAGCUCUCGCCUUUCUUACCAGCCAGCUGUCCUUGGAGCUGGAUCCUCAGACCUGGGCUACCCUGUGGCCUUGGCUGCUGGAGUGAGUGCUACCCUUCCACAUCAGAUGAUGGUACCAGGAAAGGAAGGAGGGUUGCCCAAUAUUACAGCCCAACCAGCACAUGGUACUCAAGCAGAUCAUGACAGAGCGGUUCUGACUUCACCAUUACAUGUAACUGGCACUGCUUCCAGCAGUGAGGAAGCGGAUAUCCCGUCUGGCAGCAGCACUGCAGGGAGGAGCUCUUCCCCCAAUAAGUCUCCUCAUAUCCUUUUCACCCGUAAAGUUGGGGCCUUUGUGGACAAACCUUCCCCUCAGGUCACUUACGCUAGCACAGAUAUACCAUUCGCAGUGUUUGCACCCAAACUAAUUGAGGUGGAGAACACCGACCCCAUGUUGAUUUGUCCCGAGACUCCAGAGGAGGUGACACCAGAUGCCCGCAGCCUCCAGAGCUCCUGCUCAAGCAGUGAAGUGCCCCAGGAUGACUUUGUUAUGGUGGACUUUCGACCGGCUUUUUCUAAAGAUGACCUUCCUAUGGACGUGGGGACUUUCUAUCGGGAAUUUCAGAACCCGCCUCAGCUGAGCAGCCUUUCUAUUGAUAUCGCUAUCCAGUCAAUGGCAGAAGACCUGGGCAGACCUCACCAGCAACUGAUUAAUACUCCUGAACAAGAUUCGCUGCCGGAAAAGUUGGCCAUGCAUGAAAAAAACAUGGAGGAGUUUGAUGCCUUUGUUGAUUCCCUGCAGUAAGAUGAGGAGAUCUUAUGCCGGAGGCCACUUCCUGCAGGAUUCGGAGUGCCUCCAAUUGCCCAGUCCUGCUCUUCAAACUCAGGCCAUUUGUUUUUUUUGUUGUGCCCCUACUUGUAAUUCUGAUUUCCAGAAGCACUUUGUGGACUUCUAUAAGGCAUUCUUGUAGCACAGCUGCUAACUGUACAGGACUUGCUGAUGAUGAGCGUGGUAAUCUUACCACCAGGGACCUGGUUUCUUUAAGUCCAGAGGAAGGAUCAGAAGGCAAGGCAUGGAGAAUAACGCUAUACUCUUGUGACUUUACAGCCAGUUACUGUAAAUAUAAUGCCAGGGCACAGACUGCCAGGUUGCACUUCAGAUUGCAUGCCCCACGCGGGGUAAAUGCGCUUGUAAAUACAGCACUACCAUUAUAUGGUUGCCCCAGCUUGUCUUGCCUAUGUGCAUCUCAAGACUAAUUUUGGACGAGCAUUCAGUCCGAGAAACGCGCUGUGAGUGGCAUGAACACCGCUCAUCUGAAGCAGAUUUGCAGCAUCCUAAUGAUAAUGUCCCAUCGCACUGCAGACCUACUGGACUGUAGUCACGGCAUUAUGUGACUGCAGUUCAGCAAACUGACGAUGAUGAAGGAAUUCACGACAUCAUCAAUUAUGAUGAUGCUGCAAAUCCAUGUCAGAUGAGCAAAAAGUGUGUUCCCCGGACUGAACACUGUAGUCUAAAACUAUCCUAAGAAGGGGUUUCCUUAUUAUACAGCGUCUCAGCUAUUGCUGGCCGUGUGUAAUGGGUUGUCCAAGAUCAUUUUAAAUUUUGGACACACCCUACCGUUGCCUGAUGUUUGUACUCACCACAUGAUGACUGCAGCCAGUCUCUGUCCUCGGCGGUCUAAUACUGAGCACAGAGAUUGGCUGCAAUGGUAACAUUCUGUAUACUUGCAUGUCACACUGUCCAUGACGUGCCCACAUGUGACAUGCAGGUGUGCGGCGUGUGACUGCUGCAGCCUAUCCUUGUGAUUGAUUGCAGUGAACAUGUUCCAUAUACUAGCACGUCCCCACUGCAGUAUGUAAGGGCCCGACUAGAGAACGCCACUGUAGUAAUGGGUGAGUAUAAGAAAAUAUAUAUUUUUUAAUCUUAGGCUAUGUCAGAUUUUUAAUUGCGGUAUCUCGGA